UUAAGACUGUUCGUGUCUCGAUAUAAUAUAAAAUGGCUGCAGAUCCCGACGGCGACUCCGAGAUGGCUUCAUCCUCUGAAUCCGACAAUGUUCUCUCAGAUGACUCUGGACCUGACUCCCGUACACCCACCAAGAUACGCCCUGGCUUCGCAGCGUCGGAGCUCUCCCCGCCCGGCUCGCAGACACAGGCCUCUGGGGAAUCGAACACCGAGACGAGCUUUGGGAAGAUAAUCGGUGCUGCUACUUCAGGAUCUGCAACACAAGAAGAGCAGCUGGGGGCCAGUUGGAUGACCAAACGUGCGGAAGAGGAGUACCAGCGGGCCUGGGAGUACGUGAUAGACAGGGAUCUGAGUCUGAAUGAGUUUGGCGACAUAUUUGAUGAAAGUGACAUGUCCGAGAAGUUACUGUGAGCAAGCAAGUGGGUUCACCGGGAAAUGGAAAAUAUGAUCAAGGUGGCUUCUUACCCCGCGAGAUCCUAGGUAUCCAAAGCGGCCCCAGUGAUGCCUAUCAUAUUUCUCUUGAAAUAUGGCUAGACAAAUCAACCGAAAGUUUAGUCUUACUUGAACAAGAAGCAUCACACCAUCCGGAAUUGUUUACUC